AUGAUGAAUGAGUUCGAUAUGACUGAUUUAGGACUGAUGCACUACUUUCUUGGUAUAGAAGUAGUACAAUCAGCUGCUGGAAAUUUUAUUUGUCAAAAGAAAUAUGUUCUUAAAGUGCUUGAAAGGUUUUACAUGAUGAGUUGCAAUCCAGUUGGAACACCAACUGAAAUUGGUUUAAAGUUGACAAGAGAUCUCAAUGGUGAGAGAAUUUAUAAUACUUACUUCAAGCAAAUAGUUGGAAGUCUGAUGUACUUGACCUCAAUAAGGCUUGACAUCAUGCAUGCUGUUAGUAUGAUAAGUCGUUACAUGGACAAUCCUACUGAGAUGCAUCUCAAGGCAACUAAGAGAAUCUUUCGAUACUUAAAGGGAACAUCAAAUUUUGGCAUUCUUUACAAAAAGGGUGCUAUUUCGUGGUCCUCAAAGAAGCAACAGCUCGUGACACUAUCCACUACUGAAGUUGAAUUUGUUGUAGCUGCUUCGUGUUCUUGUCAAGCCAUUCGGCUGAGAAGAAUGCUCGAAGUUCUUGUUCAUCAGCAGCAAGGUCCAACAACAAUAUUUUGUGACAAUGUUUCUGCCAUAAAGCUUUCAAGGAAUCUAGUUAUGCAUGGGAGGCAAACAUAUAGAUGUUCGUUGUCACUUCUUGCGUGA